UAAGGCUCUAGCUGAUCACACUGACUGCAGAGCCUUCGAGAUUGAUUGCUAAAGGUUGGGUACUUUUGGCACAGUAGAAUUUGAGCCUCUGUGCUUGCCAUACACCAGAAAUACUUUCCUCCUUUCUCUAAAUGUACUUUUGUACUCACUGAAAACUGGGCAGUCCAACUUUUGGAUUACUGACAACUAAAGCUUGAAGGGACAGGACUCUCCUCCCUGAGACAUCAUGGCCCUGACCCCAGAACAGAGCAGACAAACAAAACUGAAAGAGGUAGGAGGGAUCCCACUGCAGGCUCCAACUGUGGACAACUGGAGCCAGAUUCAGACCUUCAAGGCCAAGCCAGAUGACCUCCUCAUUUGUACUUACCCCAAAUCAGGGACAACAUGGAUUCAAGAAAUUGUGGACAUGAUUGAGCAAAAUGGGGAUGUAGAGAAGUGCCAGAGAACCAUCAUUCAACACCGGCACCCUUUUAUUGAGUGGGCACGGCCACCCCAGCCAUCAGGUGUGGACAAAGCCAAUGAGAUGCCAGCUCCAAGGAUAUUAAGGACCCAUCUUCCCACUCAGCUACUGCCACCAUCUUUCUGGACAAACAACUGUAAGUUCCUUUAUGUGGCUCGAAAUGCUAAAGACUGCAUGGUUUCCUACUACCACUUCUAUAGGAUGAGCCAGGUGCUCCCAGAUCCAGGCACCUGGAAUGAGUAUUUUGAAACCUUCAUCAAUGGAAAAGUAAGUUGGGGAUCCUGGUUUGACCAUGUGAAAGGAUGGUGGGAAAUUCGAGACAGAUACCAGAUUCUCUUCCUCUUCUAUGAAGAUAUGAAGAGGGACCCAAAGCGUGAAAUUCAGAAAGUAAUGAAGUUCAUGGGAAAGAAUUUGAAUGAAGAGGUUGUGGAUAAAAUCGUCCUGGAGACAUCAUUUGAGAAAAUGAAAGAGAAUCCUAUGACAAAUCGUUCUACGGUCUCCAAAUCUAUUCUGGACCAGUCCAUUUCCCCUUUCAUGAGAAAAGGUUUGUGGGGCUUCUUUAUCCCUAAUUCUGAGACAGUCCCCCUCCAGUCCACAUAUUAUGAUUCUAAGAAGGGUAUAGAUUUGUUCUUAGUGUACAAGGGACUCUACAAAGCAAGUCUUACAGAUAAUUAA